GAGGGAGCGAGACUGGAGUCGCGGGCGCACGCGGAGCUGCAGUGCGCUAUCCGUAGUGCUGAACAGCCGCACUGCCUUUCCCAGCUAUUCUCCCCACCGCCAGAGCUGGCAAUUCGGAUCAAGUAGUAGAGGUGAGGGCGACCCAUCAGCACCUCCAGCCAGGUUUACCGGAAGCCACUUCAGGAACGUUUUGGGGGCUUAAAAAAAGAACCUGCACGUUCCGGGGAAUCAGAAGUACUUUGAAAAAGAAGAUGGUCUUUCCAGCCCAUGGGAGAUGCCCUCAAAGUUGAAGCAAGUGAGAAAGGGAGAGGCCGGUUGGAUGGAUCAAAGUGACUUAAAUACAGAUUGGUGGUAUCUCAAUAAAUGCUGUCUGAAUGUACACUCUUGCAGCCUCCAAGAUUGUAUUGAAGGCAGCUGGCCUCUGUUUUCCUGCCCUUGCUUCAAGUAGCUUUUCAGAUACAUCUGGCACACAAGAAGGCAACUUCCACAAAGAAUCUAGGAGACCCAACAGAGAAGAACUAUCUAUGUUGGUCAUGUGUCAUUGAAUGAGUUUUAUCUCCAGGCCCCCUCAACUAAAAGGGAGCAAGGAGUGGAGUGAGGGAGGAUGGCCAUUUGUAAAGAGAUCACAUACUCCAUUGGGAAUCCUUCAGGAAGAAGACAACACCAGAUUCUGCCGGCCUUACCUACCAUACCUCACUAUUACUGAAAUGGAUUGAAUGCAUUUUCUCACUGCUAGCCUUUGGUUCAGAUAACAGCAGGAAUACAAAGAAUGUGGCCAAGUGGAGCUAUCUGGGUUGGGAAAGUAAAGCCAUUUCUUACGCCAGUGAAGUCAAGAGGUCAACGUUGAACUGCAAGAAUGACAGAACCCCCAGCAUGGCUCUAAAAAAAUAUGUGUGCCUAGGGUGAUGUGGGGGAGCCCUGUGGAAUACAGAUAGGUGGAAUUCUGUGUUGACAUUGAACAUGACAAGCCAAGAUUAAUGACUCAGAAAAGAAAGCCAUCCAAAGAAGGACCCAAGUUUUCCUCUUGGACUCUUUAACUGGGUGGUAGCUCCAUGCCGGUGUCUCCAAUGAGGUGUUGGCCGCUGUCCAUCACCUCUAUGGUGCUGAAAUUUGGAUGAUGUCUAUCAGGAGAUCUCAGGGCUGCUGCUGCGUGUCGCAUUUCAACGAGGACAAUGGUAGGUUUGUCCUCUUAGCGGUGCUCAUCAUAGCAUACCUGACAGCUGGAGCCACCAUCUUCUCAGCCAUUGAGAGCCCAUCUGAAGCAGAAGCUUUGCAGCGUUGGAACUGGACCCUGCAGAACUUCAGCCAGAUCUUCAACAUUAGCCUCCCUGAGCUACGGGCCUUUUUAAGAAGUUAUGAGGCAGCCAUGGCUGCCGGCAUCAGAGCAGAUGCCCUCCGACCAAGAUGGGAUUUCACAGGAGCUUUCUAUUUUGUGGGCACAGUAGUGUCAACUAUAGGUUUCGGGAUGUCCACACCGGCAACGGUCGCUGGCAAAGCCUUCCUCAUUGUUUAUGGUCUCUUUGGGUGUGCUGCAACAAUCCUCUUCUUCAACCUCUUCCUGGAGCGCAUCAUCUCCCUGCUCGCUUUGGUGAUGAAGGCUUGCCAUGAGAGGCAGCUGAGGAGGAGCGGCCUUCUACCUCCAACCUGCCGAAGGGGCUCAUCCAUGUCCGACGUCGACAGCCUGAUUGGGUGGAAGCCAUCAGUCUAUCACGUGAUGCUGAUCCUGGGAAUCCUUGCCAUUACUAUUGCUUGCUGUGCCUCAGCCAUGUACACCGCCGUGGAAGGGUGGAAUUACAUUGACUCCUUGUACUACUGUUUCGUCACCUUCAGCACCAUCGGGUUUGGUGACCUGGUGAGCAGCCAAAACGCCGUUUACCGAAAUCAGGGAUUAUACAGAUUCGGAAACUUCAUGUUUAUAUUGAUGGGGGUCUGCUGCAUCUACUCCCUUUUUAACGUCAUCUCGAUUGUAAUCAAGCAGGUUUUAAAUUGGAUGCUCAGAAAGUUCCGGUGUCGGUGCUGCCCAGAUUGCCAUAAACCGACCGCUCGCCUUGGGCGCCGAAACGCCAUCACACCGGGGUCCCGGUUCCGCCGGCACAACAUCUCUAUGGAGACGGACGGACAGUACGACAGCGACACGGAGGGGAGGCGGCUUUCGGGUGAGAUGAUCUCCAUGAGGGAUCUCACCGCCUCCAACAAAGUCUCCCUGGCCCUCCUGCAAAAGCAGUUGUCCGAGACGGCCAAUGGCUACCCUCGGAACGUCUGCAUAAACACAAGGCAAAAUGGCUUCUCGGGAGGAGUGGGCGCUCUAGCUAUCAUGAACAAUAGACUGGCAGAGACAAGUGACUCUAGGUAG